AUGUCCCGAGUUAGUGUAGACAUCAGGGCGGCUCAAAAUGCCACCGAACAAUAUUUGUUGUCACACGAAAACCAAAUAAAAUCUGUAUCUAGAAGGCUUUGCAAUGCUGUGAACAAUUCACUAAUAUUCACAUCUGAAGUCACGGGAUCUUUGGAUAAUAUAAGUUGGAAUAGGCAGGAUUGUGCAAUAGACGCGAUAAAUGGCGCAACAAAUGAUUCAAAUUUGGGUGAAUUUACCGAUAUAAUUUUAUAUUCAUGGUACGAGGCACACACACUAGUGCCAAAGAAAAUCACGGCAUCACAUGGCUCCGAAAAUAUGGAAUCUGAGACUGACCCCGAUAUUAGGGUAUCAAUAACUGAUGGACAGCAAAAUCCUUCCAAUAAUGACAAGAAUUGUGCUAAUCACUUGGCAAAUAUUGCAAAUAACUGUACUAGAAAUACUGACUUAAAACAUCACCAAAAAUGUGUAGAGUGUGCCGCUCCUAGUGUUUACGUGGAAAAAUGUUGGUUCACAAAACUUCCUCCUCUUGGCCUUCCAAAUCAAAGACAUAUAGAUUUAGACAAGCGUUAUUAUUACAACAAAAAUGGCUCUGAUAUGCAUGAUGCAAACAAUAACGACAAUAUCACUUAUAAGCGAUAUGAUUUUCAUACUCACAAAUGGCUAGAUGAAUUGCGUGAUCACACUAACAUUGACAAUGAUAAUAUGAAAAAUUAUGAAAGUAAUGAAUUGUCUGUGAUUCCCACGCUUAAAUGCGUUGUUGGAUGUAAAUCAUUCAGUGCCUAUGAAGAGAAUGUCAAAUUCGGUGGUUGGCCCAUCCCUAGUGAUGACAUGGAAUUGGGCGUCUGGGUUUACACAAGUCCAUUUCUAGAACACUGUUCCAUUGAUAUACCCACACAAUACGUGUGUCAAGUGCAACAUAUGCACAAAAGGAUGUUUAAGGAUGUUGAAACUAAUCGCAUUACCAUGUGGUGUAAGAGAUACAAUUAUAAUUCUCCAGACUUUAUCAACAGCGAUAGUGAGGAUGAUAAUAAUUAUUAUGAUGAGCGUGAAUAUAGGGAACGUUCAAGUUUUUCCAAUCCUUUCGCUGAUAUUGAAAGGAAUGUUGAUGAUGCUAAUAAACUUGAAAUUACAGAACUUUAUCGCAAUUUGGCUAUAAGUUCAUCUACCUUCGUCGCCCCUUGCAACGGAUAUCAUUUGAAGAUAUACGGUGAAUCUAUUGAAGAACUUGAAACGACAUUUUUGCGCAAUAAGAUGAACAAUUUGUACGCCAAACACCGCAGGCACAAUUUGUUGCACAACAUAUGCUCUAGGAUUAGGAAUAUAACUCCUAAAAAUGGGUUUCUAUCGCCUUUCCCUGUAAAUAAAGUGCUUAGACUAGCAAAAUCUGGUGUGCAUGGUUUUGGAUUGUUUGCAGGGGAGGACAUAAAGAAAGGCGAAUUUAUAAUCGAAUAUGCCGGGGUGCUAGUGACAGAUGCCAUGACGGAUGUGAGGGAGGAUGCCUAUGAAAAAUGCAUGGGUUCCAGCACUUAUCUAUUUCGUGCGGAUGAUAACCGAGUUAUUGAUGCCACCAAAACUGGUAAUUUGGCAAGAUUUGUGAAUCACUCCUGCGAUCCAAACGCUUACACCAAUACAGUACACGAUGAAUAUAAUGGACCACAUGUUGGCAUCUAUGCCAGUAGGGAUAUUGCUCCUGGGCAAGAGAUCUUUUACAAUUACAGACUAUCUGAAUCUGUGUAUAACAAGGAAUAUUGUUAUUGCGGAUCGUCCAACUGUUCCGGUAGAAUGUGA